UGCAUCUCGCCUCUCCACUCCUCGCGCGGCUCGCCCAGCCCACAGGCGACAGCGACAUGGACGCAAUCAACACGAACGGCAAGGAUGCCGUCAGGCUGUGCGAGCACAUUGUGCGCCACGCCUUCGGCGACGUUGUGGGACGCGUGGCGUCGACGCUCCUCAACCGCGGCCGCUGUACCGCCGCCACCGUGUACCGUCUCGCGGGCAUCUCUCGCCAGACGGCCAACGCCGCGCUCCUCAUCCUCAUCCAGCACAACCUCGUCGGCUCGACCGGCGCGUCGCACCGCGACCUGCCCGAGGAGGACAUGUACGAGUUUGACGUCUCCGAGUGUCUCCUCCGUCUGCGCUGGCCACGGAUCCUUGCGCUCACGGAGCAGAACUAUGGCGAAGAGGCUCUCCUGGUCGUCCGCCAGCUGCUUCUCUACGGCAAGCUCACGACGCCCGAGGUCUUGACCGUUAGCAAUGCAACUGUCGACAGGCAAAAAACCCUGUCGUUGCGCAAGACCGUCGUCAAGUUGUUGCGGCGAGGCUACAUUGAGCCCACCUGCGCUGAACUUUUGAUCCUGCGCUCGGACCAGAUUGACAGGCGGUACAAGGUGGGCAGAGUUGCACCGUCUUGGAAUCUUACGAACUCGCCACAGGCGAAGCUCGCAGAAAAGUCUGCGUCAGCUGGCACGAAGCUGCACUCGGUCAACGUCCUGGCCGAGCUUAGGAGGACCGCAGCCCAUGAGAUUGACGAGGAGCGCAAGCAGUUCCGUGACCCCGCCUCGGCCCUUCGCCAGGUCACCAACAAGGUCGGCAAGAAGGGAUCGUCUAGCGCGAUGAAGACCAAGGAGAAGGUGGACGACUCGGACUUUGAGGUGCACGACCACAUCCCACUCCGAGUCAACUAUGACAAGUUCAACGUCUUGAUCCGAAACGAGAUGCUCAUCAAGGCGGCAGAGGACCGCUGGAACGCUGCCGCGGCCGAGGUGCUGCGUGCGGUGCUUCAGGCCUCGAUCGAACACCAGAAGGAGCCGAAGGAGCUGCGGACAGAAGAGGGCGUCGGUAUCAACAAGAUUGUCGACCAGAUCCCGACCUCGCAGCACAAGCUGCUCAUGGCAGGUAUCACAGGAGUGGGCAGCAAGGGCAUCCCCGAGAUUGUGCGCCAGUACCUCGCCGUCAUGUCUGGAGACGACCUGGCAACAGAUCAGACGGGCUCACGAUUCCUGUCGCACUCGGAUCACUCCAGUCCCGUGUACUGGGUGCAGAUUGAGAAUAUCUGCACGUCGCUCAAGGCGAGCUUGCUCAUCGAGCUGGUGCGGGAACGGAUCGACGACAAGGCAGCGCGUGUGCUGGCUGUCGUCGCGCGUGCUCGCUACGCUAGUGAAACCAUGGUCCGCGACUGCGCCAUGAUUCCACUGCGCGAGGCACGGCACAUUCUCUCAGAGCUGCAAAAGCUCUCGCUCAUCGAGAUCCAGGAGGUGCCAAAGACGGCUGCAAAGGGACGCAACAUGUUCCCCGGCAGUGACUACCACCUCUGGGGUAUCGACCUGCGCAAGGCGUACGGCUUCUUGCUGUCGGGCGUGUACAAGACGCUGGCGAACAUUGUGCAGAGGCGAUCACGCGAGAUGGAGAAGCGAGCGGCGCUGCUGGCCAAGCUCGACCGACCCGACCUCCAGGGAGCGAUUGAGCAGUACCUCAACGCCAAGGACCAGACCGACCUGGCCGAGCUCAACAACGCGACAACUAUGCUGUCGCUGGCUGAGACGCGAACAGAUCUCGUGGUCAUGAUGCUUCGAGAUCUGCCCGGUGGUGUUCCGCCAAGGUAGGGUGGGAAUACAUCAGAAACUAUAGACACCCAUAUGGCAUUGAUACUAGUUGC